ACGACUAAACAAUCAUGAAUGCCGCUAAAAUGCAAGAGGCGCUAAUACGAAAGCGUGAAGCGCAACAAAUGAAAAUUGAAAAAUCGGCAGCUGUUCACAAUUAUUUCGAUAAAUGGGGCAAAAUUACAUCCAGAUUCGAGCAUUGGACAACGCCCGAAUAUUACAAAGAAAAAGAAGAAGAUUUGCAAAAAGAGAAGCAAAAUCUCUUAAAACAAGAAAAACUCGAGAAACGUCGCGAAAAACUAAAACAACUUUUGGAACACGAAAAGGAACAAUAUGACUUGGAAGUGCAAGAAAAGAGUCGCCCACGUUCCCGCAUCCAUUCUGCCGACAUUUUGGAGCAAAUUAAACGAUCAAAAAUCGAAACUGAGAACUUGAAACGUCGUCAAGAGCUGGAAAAAACUUUGUACGAACGAAUUCGUCUCGGACCCGAUCGCGAUCGAAUAAUUUUGGAGUCAAGAACGGAAAAUCAAGCAAUUGCCAAGCUAAAUUGGCUCGAUAGACAAGUCGAGAUGCAACUGCAGAACGACGAGCAACGUAAAAAUCAACAAGAACGCGAAAUGCGGUUGCAAGCUGAAGCAAGAAAACACGAAGAAUUCAUCGAACGUUGUAACGAGAUGCGAAAAGCAGAAAUUGAGGAGUUACGGGCAUUGCAGGAACGUCACGUGCAAGAACUAAAAGAGCGCGAAAAUGAAAAUCACGCGUUAAAAUUGCAAGAAAACGUUUUGAAAAAGCGAAAAAAUGAAAUUCAAGAAGAACUUGAGAAAUUACGUCUCAAUAUCACGCAAAGGCGCGAUCGAAUAAUGGCUUUGCACAAUUUGCGUCGCAUUAAAAUGUUACUUCGUGAACGUUCCGAGCAAGUAAGACGCGAUUUGAAGCAAGAUAUCGCUGUUUUGGACAAAAUUGGGCUCGAAUGGGCAGAUCCGCAAACCGUGCGUUACUUACGCGAAAAAUUUCAGAUGCAAUUUGACUUGGAAGUGCAAAAACAAAGUUACAUCGAAGCCAUGUACGAGUCCGAAGCGAAGCAAAGUCUCGCGAAACAGGAAAAAACAUGGACCGAAGAAGCCCAAUUACGCGAACAGCAAAUCCGAACGUUGCUCGAAGACUGUUUGGCAGAGUUGGAGUCGAAAAUUGACGAUGCCGCGCAACGCCACAAAGAUCUCGUGAAUAUUCGCGAAACGCAUCUCAACGCAAUCGAAAACGCUAAUGCUCGUUUGAAAGCGUUGCUCGAAAGUGGCUUGAAAGAACAACAAACGGCAGCAAUGGAACUGCAAAAAGACAAUCAGGAAGUCAGUCGCAUCAUGAACGGCAAAAAUGACUCAUUGCAUAAUAAACGCAUUAACAGACCAGCAUCGGCAUUAGUCGAUCGGAACAGAAAUAGAAUUCUGCAAACGGAUUACGAGGAAGAUCUCGAGAAUAAAUUCAAUCGAAUGCAUGAUGAUUUCAUCACGACUUCAAUUCCGACAACGCCCGUACCGCAAUCGCCAUUGAAAAUUCCGGAAUUUGGCAGGAAGAAAAUCGCUUGGUGCUAGAAGCAUU